GCCGCCGCCUCGCUGCCCCCGCACGGCUGUGGGGCCGCCAUGGACCGCAACCCAUCACCGCCGUGCAGCGAUGCGGAGGAGGAGGAGGGGGACGCGGUGGGGAACACGGUGUACAGCAAGCACUGGCUCUUCAGCGUCCUCACCCGCCUCAUCGAGGUCAUCGCCCCCGCGGAGCCGGAUCCCGCCGGCAGCCCCGAGGGAGCCCGGACGGAGCUGGACGAGGAGAUGGAGAAUGACAUUUGCAAGGUGUGGGACAUGUCGAUGGACGAGGAUGUUGCCUUAUUUCUUCAAGAGUUCAACGCCCCCGAUAUAUUCAUGGGAGUUUUUGCCAAGUCCAAAUGCCCUCGCCUAACUGAAAUCUGUGUGGGAAUAUUAGGGAAUAUGGCCUGUUUCCAGGACAUCUGCAUGUCCAUUAGCAAAGAUGAGAAUCUUGGUCAAGUGUUACUGCAACGUUUGUGUGAUUCAGACUCCCCAACUCUUCUGGAAACAAGCAGGUUGUUGUUAACUUGCCUCUCCCAGCCUGAAGUGGCCAAUGUCUGGGUGGAGAGGAUCCGAGAGAAUCCUUCUGUGUACGACUGUGUUUGCUUUAUCAUGUCCAGCUCUACAAAUGUUGAAUUGCUGGUGAAAGUGGGUGAAGUGGUGGACAAGCUCUUUGAUCUGGAUGAAGAGCUGAUGUUAAACUGGAUCAAAAACGGCACUUGUCGCUCCGUGGGACCAUCUGCAGAUGAUUCCCCUGAAGAACUUCCAGACUUUAAGAUUGUGCCUUGUAUACUUGAAGCAGCCAAGCAAGUCCGAUCAGAUAACCCAGAAGGACUGGAUGUUUAUAUGCAUAUCCUGCAGCUCCUGACCACGGUGGAUGAGGGUAUCCAGGCUAUUGUGCAGGCGCCUGACGGAGGAAAAGAGACUUGGAGUUUGCUUUAUGACCUUGUUUGCCAGGAGCUUUGCCAGCCAGAUGAUCCACCCAUCAUUGUGCAGGAGCAGAAGACUGUGCUGGCCUCUAUCUUGUCCGUGCUGUCUGCUAUGUUUGCCUCACAGACAGAGCAGGAAUACAUCAGGAUGAGGAAAAAUAUGCCACUGAUUGGGAGCUUGAUUCGUAUUUUACAAUACAUGGAGGGCUGUGGGAAGAGAGCUGUUGAUAACUCCAAGGAAUCCGAGCAAGAAGAGAGUGGAAGGACUGAUGUAAAUGAGGAAGAUUUCCAUUUAAAAAUUUUGAAGGAUAUUUGCUGUGAAUUACUUUCCAAUAUGCUUCAAGAACUAACCAAGGAGAAUACCUUAGAAGGACUGCACCAGGGACACCUGAAUGAACAGACAUGUUCCUGUGCUUUUCAGAACCUCUUACCUCUGUAUUUUGCGUCGGUGGAGAGCUUCCUUGAAGUCCUGCGUGAGGCUGAUCAGACACUUGCUGACAAUCUAGAAAAACGUUUCCCAAGCCUGAAGGUUCACACCUAAGAAUGUACAUGAAAUAUUUUCCUUCCUUGGAAUGAAGAUUUUGGACUGUUUCAUUACAGCAUUUCAGAGAUCAGGUUUUCAGUAAAUGCAGGAGAAUGAGGCAACCUCUUUACCAGCAGGUGGCUUUUAAGAAACGUUCCAGGUAGCCCUGAUUAACCUAAGGUUAGUCUGGUCUGCAUGGGGAAGGAAAUUACUGUAAAUCACUUCUGCAUCUUCCAUCCUGUUUGCUCCGGUAAUGAGAGACUGUUGAUUUCUAAUGGCUCUCCUGCAGAGCAGUUUUCUUUGAAUAACUCUCAAUUCUGUGCUUUUCAACUGAAGUUGAAACAGCAAAAUGAAUGAAAUGCACUGAGUAGUUUUUUAACAUGGUGCUGGUUUCUUUCAAGUCGCUGUUGGCAAAAGGAGGAUUGCUCAAUAGAAAAUCCCCUUCAAGCACCUGAUAAAAGGAGUUAAAUUACAGAGUUGUUUGGGGAUUUUUUUAAGAUCGUAUCAAUACCUUGGGCAGGUACUGUAACAGAAAUGUUUCAUCCUGCUCCUUUCGAAUCUUCACACUUCUACUGAAGCCUCAUCUUCACUGCAGCUCUGAGCUGUGCUGUCUCAGUCCUGUGCAGUUCAAAGGAUUCGAGAAUAUUGUUACCAAUGGUCUGUGCUGCAGCUUCCAGCCAUUGCAGGUAACUCCCCACAGUUAAGAGUUGUAGGGCAGGUUUGGAUUCAAUCCCUGGUGUACUUGCAGACCUUUCGGGUUUUUUGCAGCAGUCUGUGCUUCAGCUUAGGGGUGUAAAUUGAUACAUGUCAGUUCUUUCCUUCUUCAUUUGUUACAUGAAUUCUUUCUGAAUGGCAUGAGAAAUGCCAUGUUUUCCGUGGGGGAGCUUAAGGUGUUAGGUCACUUGCAGGAAAUUCAGUGUACAAUCUCCUAAAACUCCCACUUUGGUUACGUGAUGUUUUAAGUGCAUUGCAUUCUUAGAUCCUGUGUCUGCAUGCAGUGCACCUGACACGCUCUGAGUCUGAAGAGACAGUACAGCAGCACCUCAACCUCGCUGUUUCUGUAAAUGAGAGUGGAAAACAAUUGGUUGUUAUUCGGUUUGAGAUGUAAAAGCAGAUGGGAACCAGAGCACAGAGAAUAACUCAAUGUCACAUACACACAUUCCCUGGCUCUCCAGGUUUUACAGACUUUAGCAUUGUGCUGGGUCAUGUUGUGUUUGCCCAGAGUUACCUGGACGUGGUAAAAUACAAUAUGUGCAUAUGUAUAUAUAACCUUUCCAUCCCAACUUCCAGUUUUCAAAACCGGUGCAAUUUUGUCAUCCCCCUGCCAGCAGCAUCUUAGUUGUCAGCAGGGAAUUUGGAAUUACAAAUAUCUGACUUGUGUGGCCAAAAAGAAUUGCCGUGGUUUAUAUCAAUUUUUGUAUGCUAUGUUUGUUGGCGAAAACUGAUGACUGUGAAUCAGAUGACAGCAUUUUUCAUACUACUUUGACAGUUUUGGGAUAUUUUCUUAAACCUACAGAUUUGUAAUAAAGCUUCUUUUUUAAAAAAAAAACCAAACCUGUAUGCUUUCCUUCAUUCUAGUGUCAAUUAAAUUUGUUUUCUCAGCCACUGGAAAUGUCUGUAAGUCUCAACUGUGUCAGUUUUAAGAGGAAAUCGAACCUCUUCGUAAUGUCUGCGUGCUGUAAAAUAUGUUUUCCUUCACUGAAUAUUUAUUUUAACUUUUGCUUUUUUCCCACAGUCGUUUUUAUGGUCUAGAAGUUAAUGUGGGUCUCAUCCCAUAAACAUUUUUUCAUCUUAGUUUGUCCCCAGCUGUAUCAUAAGUGUCUUCCACCACAGUGAUGCAUUAUUUCUGGUGUGUGUCUGCUGAAAUUUGUUGUAGUCAAAAUUCUGCAGUAGCCAUGUUAGGUAAUAUAGAAAAAAAGCUGAGACAAGAUCUGUUGUUUUAUUUUGUUCCUUCUUCUUUUCAAUACACCAAUAUCCAGUGUUGAUGAACUGUUACUGAUACCUGAUGCCUGUCGUGUGACAGAAAAAAUGACCAAUGUCAUGUGGGAACCCAGGUGGGUCCCAUCCGCCUGCUCAUCUGCAACAGAAGGAGCUGCAGGGAUGGUCAGUCAGCCUAGCUUCAGCAGAAUGAUAAUUCAGGUGUGCUGGGAAUUUGUAUCCUAGAUGAACACGGUGAUUUGGAGACUGGGAUUCCCCCUUUGCCCCAGCAGGCAGCUGCCCUUUGCAGUGGAGGUGGUGCUGCCUUUGGGAGCAAGAGGCGAGGCCAGGGUGAGUGCAAGGUAGCUGUGCCGUGUUUGUGGGGUUCAGAGAGGGAAGAAAGGAUUUGUGGGAGCAGGUGGGUGAUGUGUUUGGAACUGGUGCACGUGUGUUUCAUCAUCCUGCCAGCAGGGACCUCCCUCGGCCUGUGCUUCCUGAGCAGCAUGGGUUUGGGGUUUGGGGGAGGGGCAGGGAGGGUUUGGGAAGUGUCUGGGUUUUGAGUUUGGUAUUUUUUUUAAUUCCCUCUCCUAGACCUGUUCUGAUACCCACUGGCAAGCCAGAGCUCUCUAGGCCAGCUGAUUCGGAGCGAUUGUCUGUCUGUCUACAAGCAGGUGAACAGCUUUCUUCCAGGGCAAAGAUCUGAUUAACUCCAGAACAUCCUCAUUUGGGAAAAAAUGAGAAGUACCUGUCACUGCUCUGUGCAGAGCUCUGAACAAAAGUGCGUAUCUGAAGCAUUGAACUAAAGCAGCAGGAGCUCAGUCCUGCUUGGACAGAGCCAGAUGUGACUUGUGGCAUGAGAACACCUAGAAAAUUGAGGCAGAAAGCAGACUGGAAGGCCUUAUUUUAAACUAGGCUUAAUAGAACCAUAUAAUAAUUUCAUUCAAAGAUAGGAUUCUAACAUUCUGUUGACUCAGUUUUAUGUACAUGUGGCAUCUUUUUCCCACAUUGUUAUUUUUUCCUGCUGGGACAAAGCACAACAAAACCAAAGAAAUUUGGGAUGUGGGCAAAGAAACAGUGGCAUUGGAAUGCUUAAUCUGCUCCUUUGGCAGUGCAAGGAGGUGGUUGCUGAUAUCCUAAUGCUUGCCCAAUAUUCAUGUUGCAAAUUAAUCCUUUCUGGUAGGCUAAACCAUGAAACCUAAAAAGCUCCUUUCUGUGUUUCUCCGAAUGCAUGUCACUCUGCUUGAUUAAUUUUCUGUCACUACUUUUUUAGUCCAUAUUUCUUGUGACUGCCAUGGUGAUUCCUUUCUCUGUAAGAUGAUGUGUUGUUACAACUGCCCUAUUAUAAUCACCUUUCACUGAAAUCAAGCUAUAUCCAAAAGGAACAGUAAGACACAAUCUUUAUUUGUAAGUGAAAUAUCUUCAUAGUUUAUUGUAUUGGCAUUAAAAGGUAUGGAGGUGUUACUGUGG